AUCCAGUUCAAACCUUUCAGUCUCAGCCUUGUGGACCUGUUUGAGUGAGCUCUCAUCCAUCAUCUAUGUCGUGGCUCGAUUGCCUGCUGCAUGAGCUGGCAGACGAGCUUGACAAUGAUUCUAACCGCAACGUGUCCAGCAUGUCAUCAUGUGGCCCAGAAACAAUCUAUCAUCUUCGAACCGCCGUACGAACUUCUACUGUCGGAUCUGUAUCUUCAAACUUGCUCGACGAACUGGCACAUGUUGCAUACAAUGCCAUGUCUACAAGUCGUCAACCGGAUCCUGCUUGUUGGAGACGACUCUACACCGACGCUUGUACUAUACGCUCUAUCGUGGACGUAAAUUAUAUGCAUGUCUUCGAUGAGCAAAUCGUCAGAGCGUCCAUCGCGCGCCUCGAUCGUGUGUUGGUAAUCGCGGGUGCCCCAGGUGAAGGGAGGAGAGAUCUUGUAUUGAGUUUGAUAUCUAGACUGCAAACGGAAUAUCUUCCGUCGAAGACCUUCGAGCCUCCCUUCUCUCACAGCCUCACUCCUCCAGAUACCUGCCAAUUGCCAUCGACCGCAUCGCCUACAAAAGCUAUCCCGCGCUUCAACAAGCCUCCUUCUCUCAUAUCGUUCCAACGCCAACUCUACCAGCAGCCGUUCAUACUCACUGGCUAUGCACUCGAUUGGCCUGCCAUGAAUGAUCAUCCUUGGCAUUCGAUCGACUAUCUCAAGUCCGUUGCUGGCCCGGGUCGCUUAGUUCCGAUCGAGGUAGGCAGUGACUAUCGGAUGGAAGACUGGUCACAGCAGAUGAUGGACUGGGAUGAAUUUCUCGACUCUCUUGAUCCCCGCCGUUUUGAGCGCGCACCCGUGCUAUAUCUUGCUCAGCACAACCUCUUUUCUCAGUUUUCUAAGCUGAGGGCGGACAUCUUGUUACCCGACUACGUGUAUACUUGCCCUCCUGUCCCUUCCGAUUACCCAGAUUACAGCCCUCCAGGAAACGAAGAUCAGCUCGUCAUCAAUGCAUGGUUGGGCCCAAAAGGGACAGUGUCCCCUGCACAUACAGAUCCAUACUAUAAUUUCUACGCUCAAGUCGUCGGAAGAAAGACUGUUUGGUUGGCUGCUCCCAGUGCCACUCCCUACAUGUAUCCAUACCCAACACCAACGUCCGACUCUUCCGUCAAGUCGAUACACAAUCCUGCUACCAAUAACUUGGAGCCGUCCAUGAGCAACACAUCCCGUGUAGAUGUUUUCGCAUCCCAGCUUGAAGAGCCCGAAAGAGAUCUCUUCCCUUUAUUUUCGGAAAAUGUUGCUCCUAAUGCUCUUUGCGCGACGUUGGAGCCCGGAGAUAUACUCUUCUUCCCGCCCGGUUGGUGGCAUGCGAUGAAGAGCGAAGAGACCAGUUUCUCUGUGUCUAUGUGGUUUUAA